GCAGGCUAGCGAGUCGCUGCCCGUUUUCACUCACCAAAUUAGCUUUGAACGCAUCAUUAUUUAUAAAUUAAUGACGGUCCUCCGAUAUCAGGACAAUGUCGGACAGGAAGCGGGCAAAAGAGAAGGAGGAAAGACGAGAACACAAGAAACACAAAUCAUCAAAACAUGACCUGGACAAAGUCAAGACACACGCGAAAAAACUCAACCAAGAAGUCCAAAAGCUUAAACACGUCGAGACGUUCUAUGAGAAACCUCCACCGGGACUUAUAAAGGAGCAUGAGGAAAAACCUGAGGACUGUAUUCCUGCAGAGCCAGGAAAUGAGGAGGCUAGGAACUUCCUGGCACACGCCCCCACCAAGGGGCUGUGGAUGCCUCUAGGGAAGGAGGUGAAGGUGAUGCAGUGCUGGAGGUGCAAACGCUAUGGCCACCGGACAGGAGAUAGAGAGUGUCCUUUCUUCAUCAAAGGCAACCAGAAACUGGAGCAGUUCAGAGUGGCGCAUGAAGACCCAAUGUACGACCUAAUUCGGGAAAACAAAAGGAAUGAAAAAGAGACAAGGAUCCAGCAGCUGCAGCAGCUACUCCAAGACACCACUUCUUCUUCUUCCUCCUCCGACUCAGACAGCUCCUCCACUUCCUCCUCCUCAUCGUCUGACCACCAUCGCAGCAAAAAGAGGAAAAAGAAGAAGGACAAAAAGAAAAAAGACAAGAAGAAGCGGAAAAGGAAGCGAAAGCACAAGUCCUCCAAAACCAGUGACUGCUCAGAUUCAGACUGAGUUUGUAGCUCUCAUGUAUUUAAACUAUGUGCUUUAAACGUAGGAAGAGACUGUGAAUGAAGUAGCAGCAAAGGUAGCUCUGACACAGGAGAGCAAGGGAGCUGCAGAGUACAACAUUAAGAACUGCACACAGGAGACCUUAAGCUUUCUCUCAGCAGGUUGAAACUUUUAAAACGAUGUAAAGGAUGCACAGAGUAUAAACUGUGCAUGACUUAACGCAGCUGUUUCAUUUGCUCGAGGGUGACAACUUCCAUUUACGUCCCCUCUGUUACAUCAUAAAUUACAGGGUCAUAUGGAAUUGCUGCUUAAGUAAGUGUGUGUACAUGUGCCUUGGUGCAUUGUGUGUUUGAAAAUCAUUAGCUGCAUGGGAAUCCAAAGUGAUAUGAAAUUAGCUACUUUUCUUUUACAAGGUCUAAUAAGAUAGCAUGUCAGCAAAUACAGUGUGUCAUUAAGAGAUUGUAUUUUCCACCAUAUUUUUUUACCCCCAUCAUUUUGCUGGUAUUAAAUACUUUGAUUGUAGAGACGCAGAGAGGAGGGGGAAAAAGUCCAGAUACAGUUGGAGCGCAGUUAGAGUUUGUUUUCCACACAAGUCCAGAAUGUUUGAAUGCUUGUGACUGUACAUAAACGUCUGGAAUGAUUUGAGGUUUGAAUAUGCUUAUUUUCUCUGAAAAAGCCACAGAGACGGGGG